CGUAGCCUCUGCAGACCCGCCACCGCGCUCUAGAAGUUGUACGCUUGCACCGGCGCAGCAGCUCUCUGGGAACCUUAUCACUCUGCGCGCAUAGCCAUGAUUCGGCACACGCUGAUCUCGCGGCUUGACGGCCUCAUUCUGGCGGCCUCGGUGGACGACGAAGAGGUAGACGCGGAAUUUAACGAAGCCAAAAGCAAGAUCAAGCUCGUCCUCCGCCGCUUGAGCCGCAAUUCAGAGCCCCAAGCAAGCAUAGAGAGCGGCAAUUACACGUAUCACUACCUGAUUAACGACAACCUGUGCUUUAUCUGUAUAUGCGACCGCUCCUAUCCUCGCAAGCUUGCCUUUACAUACCUCUCGGACAUCAGUUCCGAAUUCACAACCAUCUACACUCCUGCACAAUAUCUCUCAGCCUCAUGUCGACCCUAUGGCUUCGUCGAGUUCGAUACCUUUAUGCAGCGCACGAAGAAAACGUACCAGGAUUCGCGUGCUACCCAGAAUCUGGACAAGCUGAACGAUGAGCUCAAGGACGUUACCAAGGUCAUGACGAAGAACAUUGAGGACCUGCUGUAUCGGGGCGAUAGCCUAGAGCGGAUGGGAGAUAUCUCGAGCAGACUGAGGGAGGACAGCAGAAAAUAUAAGAAGGCGGCCGUGAGGAUUAACUGGGAGCUGCUUCUAAAGCAGUAUGGACCGAUUGGAGCUCUUGGAUUCAUCAUCAUCGUCUUCAUCUGGUGGCGGUUUUUCUGAAGAGGCUUCAUGCAAGGCAUCUUAACCUUAUGAUUUAAGAUUAUGCGCGGUUCUUCUAGGAGAAGGAGAGGGAUACCAUAGAAGGCACAAUAAUACCCACACCUCAUCUAAGUUUGG